CUUUGUUUUGUGGUGUUCAUUUUCAAAUUUUUAUUUUCGUGACACCUAAACCUUUGUGUUUUUCGUAUGAUUUCGUUUAAUUUAAUUAACACGCCGGAGUUCUUGUUGAGUGAAUUAUGUUUUGACGAAUUAAUGUUAAUUUAAUGUAGUUGUUUAGUUCUUGUAUGUGUUUUUGUUGUUUCGACAUUAUGACGGUGGAUGUUGUUUGGGGGCGACGCGGCGCUGUUGGGCUGGCAGGCUGCUACAUACUCCUGACAAUAAUCCUGACAUGGUCCCCUCGCGGGGCGCUGGCCGCCGUGCCCGUGGGGCCCUCCGAGCGGCCCGAGGCGUACUUCAACGGCAGCUCCUACAUCCGCCUGUCCAGGCCGAUCUCGCUCAAGCAGCUCGUCGGACUAAGCUUCAGGACGUGUGUCGGUGGCGAGCUGUUCUCGCAGAGGUUCGAGGGGUACACGCUGCACGUGACGGCACUGUUCGAACAGGUGGUGGUGUCGUGGGCGCGGCCCAUGCAGCCGCCCGGCGAGGUGGGCCUGCCUAAGGAGACCCUCGACAAUAGAUGGCACUGGGUCGCGCUCAGGUACAAGCCCAAUCCGCCUUCGCUGCUGCUUGAAGUGGACCGAGAUUCGCAGGUGAUAUCGAACGUGACAUGGAAUCCGGAGCUGCUGUCCCCCGGGGCGCUGGAGGCGGGCGGCGCGGUGGUGCUGGUCGGGAACCAGCUCAGCGGCUGCAUUCACGAGGGGCCUCAGCUGGAGUUCCACGCGGCCGGCACGCAGCUCAGGAACGUCGUGUUCGGACAUUGCCCGCUCACCACUGAUGAUUGCAUAGAUAGAAAGGACGUGCUAAGGAUACCCCCAAAAGACCACUGCUACAACGAGCCCUGCAUGAGGCAUGGGACCUGCAUCUCCAGACAUGAUAGUGAUGCGCCCAGGUACGAGUGCCACUGCACGGCGCGCUACACGGGCAACAACUGCGAGGUGGACGCGGGCGACCCGUGCGCCUCGGCGCCCUGCCUGCACGGCGCGCGCUGCGCCGAGGACGCGCGCGGCGACUACACCUGCCACUGCACGCCGCACUACCACGGAACGAACUGCGAGCUGGAGGAGUCUCUGGACCCGCAGUGCGUGGCGGGCCCGUGCCGCAACAACGGCAGCUGCAGCGUGCCGCCCGGCGCCGACACCUACGUCUGCGCCUGCCCGCCCGGAUAUACGGGCGUGAACUGCGAGACGGACGUGGACGAGUGCGCGUCGGCGACGGGCGCGUGCCUCAACGGCGGCCGCUGCGUCGACGCCGUCAACAACUUCACCUGCGACUGCAGCGGCACUGGGUAUAUGGGCGCCCGGUGCGAGAUGAACGUGAACGAGUGCGAGGAGGACAGGAACAUCUGCGGGCACGGCGUGUGCUACGACACGUACGGCAGCUUCGUGUGCGCCUGCCAGCCCGGCUACACCGGCGAGCGCUGUCACAGAAUGUCUGCGUGCGCGUCGGGUCCGUGCGGCGCGGGCGGCGCGUGCGUGGAGGAGGCGGGCGGCAGCGGCUUCCGCUGCGUGUGCGCGCGCGGGUUCGCGCCGCCGCUAUAG